AUCAAACUUGAAAAAGGAACUACAACUCUUGCCUUCAAGUUUGCUAAAGGUGUCGUUGUGGCAGUCGAUUCUCGUGCAACAAUGGGCUCUUAUAUUGGCUCUCAGACUGUCAAAAAAGUCAUUGAAAUCAAUCCUUAUCUUUUGGGUACCAUGGCUGGUGGUGCUGCCGAUUGUUCCUUCUGGGAGCGUGAGCUUGGUCGUCGUGCUAGACUUUAUGAAUUGCGUAACAAGGAGCGCAUUUCUGUUGCUGCUGCUUCAAAACUUCUCUCAAACAUGGUCUAUGGAUACAAAGGAAUGGGUCUUUCCAUGGGAACUAUGAUCACUGGAUGGGAUAAACAGGGUCCUGGCUUGUUUUAUGUCGAUUCGGAUGGACAACGUCUUAAAAAUCAUAUGUUUUCUGUUGGUUCUGGAUCUACGUAUGCAUACGGCGUGCUUGAUGCUGGCUAUGAUUACGAUCUUUCUGUAAAUGAUGCCAUUGAUUUGGCUCGUCGUUCUAUUUAUCACGCUACUUUCCGUGAUGCAUACAGUGGUGGCUCAGUAAAUGUCUAUCACGUUCAACAGGACGGCUGGAAGUUUAUUAGCAACACCGACGUGAUGGAUUUGCACUAUGAGGUAUGUUCAAAAUGCAGUAUAUGCAGUGCUCGAGUAGUUACCAACACGGUUUUGAUUCCAUCUAGUAUGCCGAUCAACCUCGUCCACCACUUCUUUAAUUGUUCAACUUGGACAAUCCACCAGUUUCUGAUUCGUGUUGAUUGGAUCUUGGUAGCAAAUAAAUUUGAUAAAUUUGAAUGGAAUAUAGCUUGA